AGUGUAUGUCUAUGUGUUUAGAGUGUAUGAAUAUUAUGGAAAAGUUGAAAAUGUAUUUCGAGUGAUUAAAAUUUUGUGUAAAUAUAUGAUCCUAUUAAAACUAUAAAUUAAUAAAAAAAAAUAAUGUAUAUGUAUAUAUAUUUUAUAUAUGUACAAACAAACUAUUAUAUUGUUUGUUUAAUCUUUACAAUGGAGUUAUCUUUAAUAUUUCUUAAUAUUUAAUAUAUUUUGAUGAGAUUUAGUAAAAAAAAUAUCUAAAAUCACAUUUAAUAUCUAUGAAACAUAUUUUGUAUAUGCCAAACAAUAUAAUAAAAACAAUCUGAAUGACAAACUUCAAAAAUUUAAUUAAAACAAUACACAAACUUAAAUAUUUUAUUAUUUAGAAAAAUAAAUAUUUAAGAUGGAAAAUUUUAAAAAUGAAAUUUUGUAAAUUAAUAACAGCAUAUAUUAAUAAACUCUCAUAUUUCCAACAUUAUUAAUUUAUAAAAAAUUUACUGUAUGUAUCUAUGCGUACAUUUCUGUAUAAACAAAAUGUACAAAACUUUAGAAACUUUUUAUAAUCCUACUUAGUAUAUAUUAUUUUCUUGGUCAACUAUAUACAUAUAUAUACAAAUCUAGAAUCUAUUGUAACUUCCAUAUCUGCAUAAUAUCCCAUUCAAAAUGGGAAACUAUUGAUAUGUUACUCUAAAUACGGAAUUAGUUUGCUAAUAAUGUUGACCAAAUCAUUUUUAUAUACGUUUUAACCCAUUUUCAUGAAUAUUCUCUCCUCCACUACUUUCUUCCACCAACAAUGAUCCCCAAAGAAGAAGUUGAGCCGCCGCAGAAAAAGGCCAAGCUUCCACCACCACCACCGCCGCCGCAGCCGCUUAACCAUCAACCAUGUCUCUCCUUUUCUUCACUUCCAAACGAUAUCACUUUGAAUUUCUUCGCACGUAUCCCAAAAUCUUAUUACCCUAAAAUCUCCCUGGUCUCCAAGACCUUUCGUUCUCUCCUCUAUUCCUCAGAGCUCUAUGCCGCACGUUCUCAAAUGGGAACCACCGUGACCUGCCUCUACAUCUGUCUAGAGUACUCCACCGAGCACUUCACCGAUCCAUCUCCACGAUGGUUCAGUCUCUAUGUGAAACCUAAACGAAACCUAACCGAUGGUAGGACUAGAGAGAAAUCAAGUGGAAACCUCUUGGUUCCUGUUCCCAAACAUUGUCCUCCUCCUCCUCCUCCACAUGCGUCUUCGACCAUAUUGACUGGCUCGCAAAUCUACGUAUUCGGUGGACCAUUGGACGAUAACGUAAGGCGCUACUCCUCAGCUGUUCGGGUUUAUGAGUGUAGGAAUAAAACGUGGCGAAAUCUUCCUAACAUGAAUAUGGAGAGGUUCUAUGCGUCUGCAUGUGUCCACGACGACAAGAUCUAUGUAAUGGGAGGAUGUAUAGCUCGGUCGGAGCACCAAAGCUGGUUUGAGAUGUUCGACAUCAAGACACAGACCUGGAAAACCUUACCGCCGAAUCCCGACCUUCAUGUACGGUUGGGAUGCAAGAAGGUUCGCAAAAUCGGUAUGGUGCAUGAAAAGAUUUACGUGAAGACUGAGAGUGAGCUCCGUGAUUGGGUCUAUGAUGUGAAGGAAAAGAAAUGGAGUGUUGCGGAUGUGGGGUUGAGUGUACAUUGGUCGAGUUCUUGGUGCGUGAUAGACAAUGUGAUGUUUUCUUACUCUCGCUUUAGGUAUGUGUGGUAUGAUUUAAAGAGUGGCACGUGGAAAGAUGUGAGAGGUUUGGAAGUGCUGAAGAAGUAUCGUAGUUUUAGUAGUCAUGUUAAUCCGAAUGGUAGAGUUGGUAGUGUGGUUGAAUUAGUGAACUAUGGUGGGAAACUCAUGAUUAUUUGGGAUAGGUUUGAACGGCGUGGUCGUAGUCAGAACAAGAACAUCUGGUGUGCGGUGGUUGCGUUGGAAAGAGUCCAUGAAGGUUUUUGGGGGAAGAUUGAGUGGUUCGAUGUUGUGCAUACUGUCCCCAAGUCGUAUGAGUUCUUGCGCUGUCUCCCUGUUUUGGUUUGAUGAGUCGUACUUAGUCAAGCUGGUAGAGUCAUCCUUUUAAUUUUUAAAACUUUGUGCUUUGUUUUGUGUUUAGACAUUGACUUUUCUAGACAUUGUUUCAAUUUUCAUUUUGAGAAUAGAUGUAUUUUGUGUUUGUGGACCACCCCUAUGCAUUUUGUUAGCUUGAUUGUGGUUACAAUGUAAACUAAGGAGAUACAAACUCACUUGAGGCAAAGUCUCUAUGUUUUACCCUUUCAGUGUCCUCAUCUAAAUAACAUUUGUUCACCUUGAAGAAAAGAAAUAUUCUCAGAAA